UUUCCAGCGUUAGUGCUACGCCAGAGUUCGGCGCGUUCGGUGGUUCGGUUUCUGCUCUGCUCUCUGCUCCCGCUUCGAUAUAUUGCCUUCUCCGAGUGAAUUGCUAAUUCCUUUGUCUAAGCGAUAAUUGCUGCGAUCACCGAGGAGCAUUGUUUCGCGAUUAGACCGUGACCUUCACUUCUGCAAGAAAAUAUGCCGAGGGAUGAUGAGGCGCCCAUUAUUGACAGCGACGAUGAGCCGCUGGAAACCGGUGUAGUGACCCCGCCUACGAAUCGCUCAUUCAUCAAAUGGCUAAGACGACCCCGUUCUCUGCUGCUGGAGCCCGCCGUCUUUCUGGCUUUCUUCGGUCGAUUUCUAACAGAUGCGGUCUAUCAGAACCAGAUACUAUAUCAAACCUGCGUCACGGUCUUGGAAUACAAUGCCACCGAGUGUGAGCCGUUUCUCGGUACGAAUCGUGCCUCCGAUGAAGUAAAGAAGAUCGAGGGUCAAGUUCAGGAAUAUGCCUCCACCAUCACAAUGGUGAGUUCUAUCCUCGAGAGCACAGUGCCCGCCAUAGUGAGUCUCUUCCUGGGACCCUGGUCGGAUAAAUUUGGACGUCGGCCCAUCCUGCUUUCCACAUUUACAGGAUAUCUGGUUAGUGCUAUCAUUCUGAUAGUUCUCACCCAAAUAACGGCCGCCACCAACAUUAGUCCCUGGUGGUUCCUGCUGUCCUCCGUUCCAUCUGUGUUCAGUGGCGGCACUUGCGCCCUUAUCACCAUCCUCUACUGCUAUGUGGGCGAUGUGGCCUCCGAGGAGAGGCGACCAAUGAGAAUGGUGACUAUGGAAGCUGCUCUGGGUCUGGGCAUGAUGGGCGGCGGUGUGGCUAGUGGUUAUAUCUAUGCCGCAACCGGUGCGUCGGCACUAUUCAUCUUAGUGGGGACCAUCAUCUCCUUAGCGCUGAUCUAUGUCUACUUCUUUGUGAAGGAGAGUCUCAAGUCUGAGAACUUACAAGGGGGAUCCCGCAUUAGAGAGUUCUUCCGUUUGGAUUUGGUUAAGGUCCUGGUGAGGACCUGCAUCAAGAAACGCGAGAACUACGAUCGUGCCAUAAUUUGGAUGGUGAUGAUGUCCCUGACGCUGUGCGUCUUUGCCAUGGAGGGCGAGAACACCGUAAACUACAUGUUUAUGCGAAAGCAGUUCGACUACACCGUCCAGGACUACAGUGUGUUCAAUGCAGCUAGGGCCGUCAUUCAAUUGGUGGGCAGUACCUUGGCUAUGGUUCUACUUCGUCGUCUGCUUGGAGUGUCCACAAUUAUGAUGACGCUCCUGGCGUUCGCCUGCUGUGUCCUCGAGAGCACUGUAAGGGCCACGGCCGUGUAUGGAAGUGAGAUGUACCUCGCCCUGAUUCUUGGCAUGAUGCGUGGUGUGAUGUCGCCAAUGUGCAAGGCCAUCCUGUCUACUGUGACGCCCAGCUCCGAGUUGGGUAAAAUAUUCUCACUGACUACCUCACUGCAGUCGAUCUCACCUCUGGGAGCCGCUCCACUCUACACGGCUGUGUACCAGGCCACCGUUCAGUUUUAUCCCGGCAUCUUUAACUUCAUCAGCGUAGGACUCUAUUUCUUAUGCUACAUCAUGUCAGCCACGUUGUUCGGCAUACAAAAAUCAAUGGGUAGUGGCAGCGUUUACCAGGCCAUCGGUAGUUGAUCUCCAAAAGCGAAGAAAGGCAGAGAAAAGAUCAAAUAUACAGUGUGAAUUUGCCAUUCUUAAGCCAUCGUACGAAGAAACUUUCCAAUACACAUAUAAAAGUAUUACUGUAAAUAUUUGUUAACCCCAUUAGCUUAAGCCUAGUAAAAAGCUAGCCCUAGGGUAGGAUUUCUUAAGAAAAAAUUACCAAAGACUAAUGUCUAAUGUAUAAAUACAUAUGUAUAUUAUUUCACACAAAAUUGUAUUAUUAAAUUGAUUUCAACUAUACUCUUCAACAUAUUUAUUUUAUAUAUUUGUAAGGUUCGUGCCAGCCGAACUCGUCAGAGCCAGCAUAGGAAGGAACAAGAUUCA